AUGGUAAAUCAAUGUCAGAUUUGUCUGGAAUACAGGUCAUCGCAACAGAAGGAGCCAUUAAUCAGCUCUGAAAUCCCAGACUAUCCGUUUCAAAUUGCAGGGUGUGACUUGUUCUCACUUAAUGAGAAAAAUUUCAUGGUCAUGUCCGAUUACUAUUCUAGGUAUCCCAUAGUUCAUGAACUUUCGAACAUAAAAAGUUCAACUGUUAUUUCCCACAUGAAAGAUAUCAUGUCACAUUGGGGCAUAUGUGAGAAAAUAGUCACUGAUGGGGGUCCAUGUUUUUCUAGUCAAGAAUUUGAGGAGUUUUCAAAGUCAUGGGAUUUUGUACAUGUAAAAUGUAGUCCAUAUCAUAACCAAACAAAUUGCUUGGCUGAGGCGAUGGUUAAAGUUGCCAAACGUAUACUUAAAAAGGCAAAGGAUGAUAAUUCUGAUCCGAGAAUAGGAUUUUUAGAAUAUCGUUCUAACUCCUCUCGCUGA